AUGGCUACUUCUCCAGAGAACGGUGUAAAGAAAGGGGCAUGGUCUAAAGAAGAGGACCAGAUUUUGAUUCAUUAUAUGGGAAAUCAUGACCUGGAAACUUGGAAGACAGUCUCAGAGCAAGCAGGCUUAAACAGGUGUGGAAAGAGUUGCAGGCUAAGAUGGACUAAUUAUCUGAAGCCUGGCAUUAAGAGAGGAGAAUUCUCAGCUGAUGAAGAAGCAACAAUAAUUUCUCUCCAGAGAGAACAUGGAAAUAAGUGGUCAAGAAUUGCAGCUCAUCUUCCUGGACGAACUGACAAUGAUAUCAAGAAUUUUUGGAACACACGCUUGAAGAAGAAACUUCUCAGGAGGGUCAUCAACCCGACAACUCACAAGCCAAUUCCUGAUUUUAAUCUCCUCAACUUUGCUGAUCAGGCUCAGCUCUUAUCGGUCUCAGACAACCCUAAUCUGGAAGCUGCACUGGCUAAUAAUGCAAAUGAACUCAUCAAAAACCAAGUCAAAGCCCUUCAAAACAUGUUGCAGAUUAUAAAUCCAAAUCCACUUCAAUAUUUUCAGGGAAAUCUUGACUUGUAUGAGCUUAUUCAACUUAACGGGUUUUUUGACAGGACAACCACUGACUUAGCUCUUAAUCCCUUGCAACCUCAGUCCAUGAUUGCAGGUUUCAGCAAUGAAUCUCCGGUACUACUAAACCAACAGCAGCCUUACACUUCAAAUUCUUUGCCAUGCUUUGAUGGUGAAACUAUCCCAGGUCCGGUUCUUGAUGACAACAUUAUUCACUCGGAUAACAUCUGCAAUUCAGAAUAUUCUCUUCCGUCAUUAGUUUCAGCAGCCCCUGAAAGUUUGACUGUCAAACAAAUGGAAAGCUUUUAUGUAUCUGCAGAAGCACCUGAGCAGUACAAUGUCUUUGAUGCUUGGGAAAAUCCUGUGGAUAUUGAUGAAGCCAGCGGUUCUUUUUGGAAAGACAAUUUCCGUUUCCCAGCAGACGGUUGA